ACUUUAUUAAAUCCAAGACUCAUGAAUGUGAAGCUUAUGAAAAUGGCGCUGGUGUUACUCACUCAGGAUCAACAGGGCAUGAUGAUGGAAGCAAAGUUUACACGUCAGAUAGGACCACUCUUAUGUCCAGAUUAGACAAUGUUUUCAGUUCAGGCAAGGAGUUGCGUUUGGAUCCUUCACCUAAUGUUGGAGAUUUAGUUCAUAAAGAGGGAUAUUUGUAUUCUAUAAAAUUAUCAAAUUCUAAUUGUCUGAUUUAA